AUGGCGAAAAAGUCAAAAAAGGGGCCGACCGCCCGGCCGACACCUCAAAACGUGGCAGACUGGCCCGAUCCGCCAGCGAUCGACAGCAGCCACGAUCUACGCGCCACAGCAGCAAAAAUACAGAAAACAGCCGUGCUAUGGAAGUCUGCAACAGACGAGAACCGUGACCCCCCACCGCCAGCCAAGCUGCACGGCUUCUUUGACGCCGUGAUCUCCCUGGCGAAGAGGAUGACGGACAGCGAGCUGCUGGCGGAGCUGCAGCGCCUGCGCGCGAUAUUCGACGAGCAUGCCAGCAAGCAGGCCGACCUGUAUCACAAAUUGCAGGCGUCUAUCGACACCCAGGCCGUCGCAGCUGCCGCCGCUGCUACUGCGAACCCUGCUGGCUCCCGCCGGCCAAUGGAUUACCGAGCUGCACUUCGCAGCAAUACCGAAUCCUCUCUUGUCUCCGGCUGGCUGAACAGAGCCCACACCAACGGCACACUCUCCACCAAUGGCCUCAGCACCGGUAGCGCCCCUGCACCGCAGCGGGUGCUACGAGAGGACCUGCAGCUGAUCAUCCGUGGCACAGAACGCUCUCUGGUCGAUCCGCUACGUCGACAUGCGGAAGAAGUGGUCCACCGGGCCAAUCGGACGAUCAAAGACGUCUGUGACGAAGCCAAGAUCGCUCCGGUUGAGGUGUCUACCGGCUUUGUGCUGCCCAGCGGCGACGUGCUUCUCCGUUGCGACAGCGUACGCGACGUCCGCCAGUUGACUGACCUCUGUAGCCCGCAAGAUAACAGCUGGUGUGCCGUCUUUGGACCGAAAGCGCACCUUAAGCGAGAAACCUUCUCCGUUGUCAUGCACGGCGUGCCGAUCAGCUUCGACCCCUCCGCCCCAGAUGCUGCGAAACGCCUGCGUUCACAGAACGUACGCCGCAUCCCUUCGACCGCUAAUAUCAUGCACAUCGGCUGGCUCAUGCCGGCACGUAAGAUGGCCGACCUCCGGAAACAGGCCACAACCUCCGAUACCACCACCGCUAAGCUCGUGAUCGAAUUCGACGACCCAGACGCAGCAAAUCAAGCAAUUCUUCUCGGCCUGGCGCUGCAGGGGCGGGAUCACGACUGCCAAUUCUUCGACGGCAGCCACCGGCUGCAGCAGUGCUUCCAGUGCCAAUCGUACGGUCAUAUCGCCCGUAAUUGCAGAAGGGAGAUCCGCUGCGCGUACUGUGCUGGAUCUCACGACUCCAAGGAAUGUGCACAUGCCCGUAACCGCGCGUCUGCCAAGUGUGCUGUGUGUAUCAGGCACAACGAAACCGCAGUUGAAGAAGCUAAGGUCAAAAUUAACCACUUUGCCUUCGAACGAGAGUGCCCUCGGCCUCCACCGGACGGCCACAGCCCCUACCCCAUCAACGUCAACAUCCCCAGCUGCCCCUACCCCCGCAGAAGCAUACUCCGGCUCACAAAUCGGCAAAGCGGCCCGUGA